GCCAAGCGCAGAACUAUUCGUUCACACCAAAUCGUGGGGAUGCUGUGGCCUGGCGGGGCUGGGAAUAUCACCGUGUGAGCCCUGUGCUGCAGGGCUUGCGCCACGUUCUCGUGGCAGAGUUCUGGACAGGCCCAGAUGUGGAAGGUCCUGACAAUCGCCUCGACGAUUUUGAGGAAGGAUACCUCGCAGCGGUCGCCCUGGACCCCACCUCAGCAUACCUCCACAAGCAGCUGUCGUGGAUAUCCUUCGUACGCGAGGAGUGGCCCGAUGCCUUGAGGUCGGUUACCGCGGCCGUCUCGGCGGAUGCGUCCGACUCCGAGUCGCUUGUCCUCAUGGGUCGCAUCCACCAGCGGCGCGGUUUUCUCGACACAGCCCUGGAGGCCUACAACAGGGCUCUGAGCCUGAACCCAAACGAUCCCCUGGCGCUCAUGGCGGUCGCGGGGAAUGCGCACGAGAGGGGAGACGCGGACGAGAUGGAGCGAUGCUACGUGAGGGCAGUCAGCGCUGGUGGCUGGGAGGCGCUGGAGCCUCUCGGCGAUGUCCGUUCCGAGCAGGGCCGCCACGAGGAAGCCGCGCGGCACUACGAGGAUUCGCUGUCUCACAACCCGGCUGACGAGGAUGUGCAGAUCAAGCUUCAGCAGCAGCUGGACAUAAUCGAAGCUGGCCGGACGUGGUGGGGAGGACUGAAGCAGGCGCUGAUGCGCUGA